AUAUUUUUCAAUUUUCAUGUCACCACAUCCCCUCACUCCAUUGGAUUUCUCCAGACACUGGGAUCUGGGUCCUAUAAAAUGUGCCAAUGUGAGCCAUAGCAUCUCACUUCACAACUCACACUUUCAACCCCAUCCAAUCCUCACAUGCAUGCUGUCUCUGCCAAAGUGCCAAGUCACAUAACAUUUCCAUUGUUACCAUUCUUUCUUUCCAUCACAACCACUUAUUAAGCCUCUGAUCCUCACUUUCUCUCACACAAAAACACACUCACCAUGGAUCAUCGCAAACCAUUGCUACCCACUUCCUCUGAUGCUGCUCCAAAUCCACACACUCGCAAGGACCUUCUUCUAGUUAUUUGCGGCUUGCUAUUACUCUCUUCCCUUGUUGCCUUUGGAGGGUACAGGGCCUCCAACGCGCCGCAUGCCGACGUGGCAUCGGCAACAUCGAACGAUGAGCAACGUAGUCCGACAUCGGUGCCUUCUCCGAAAUGGUACCCGGUUUCGCGAGGUGUUUCUUCCGGGGUGUCAGAGAAGUCAUCAAGCAUGUUGUUUGCGGUUAAAGAUGGAGCUUCGAAGGCAUUUCCAUGGGACAACAGCAUGUUGUCUUGGCAGAGAACUGCUUUUCAUUUCCAACCAGAGAAAAACUGGAUGAACGAUCCCAAUGGUCCUAUGUACUACAAGGGAUGGUAUCACUUUUUCUACCAAUACAACCCGAACGGUGCAGUUUGGGGUGACAUAGUUUGGGGACAUGCAGUUUCAAGGGACAUGAUCCAUUGGCUUCACCUUCCACUGGCAAUGGUGGCUGAUCAAUGGUAUGACAUGCAAGGUGUGUGGACAGGCUCAGCCACAAUCUUACCAAAUGGUGAAAUCAUCAUGUUAUACACAGGUUCCACCAACGAGUCAGUGCAGGUUCAAAACCUUGCAUACCCUGCAAACCCCUCUGACCCUCUCCUUGUGGAUUGGAUCAAAUACCCUGGGAACCCCGUUUUGGUGCCACCACCAGGCAUUGGGGCCAAGGACUUUCGUGACCCAACAACAGCGUGGCUCACCUCAGAAGGGAAGUGGCGAAUCACCAUAGGUUCCAAGCUCAACAAAACCGGCAUUGCGUUGGUUUAUGACACUGAGGACUUCAAGAACUAUGAGCUCAAGGAGGGGCUGCUUCGUGCUGUCGCUGGCACCGGCAUGUGGGAGUGUGUGGACUUCUUCCCUGUGUCCAAGGAGAAUGAGAAUGGAUUGGAUACUUCUAUUAAUGGGGCUGAGGUGAAGCAUGUGAUGAAGGUGAGCCUGGAUGAUGAUAGACAUGAUUACUAUUCAAUUGGGACUUAUGAUGAGAAGAAUGUUCUGUUCACACCAGAUGAUGCUAAGAAUGAUGUUGGCGUUGGAUUGAGGUAUGACUAUGGGAUAUUCUAUGCAUCCAAGACGUUUUAUGAUCAGAAUAAGGAGAGGAGAGUUUUGUGGGGUUGGAUUGGGGAGUCUGACAGUGAAUAUGCUGAUGUGGCCAAAGGUUGGGCUUCAGUUCAGAGUAUUCCUAGAACUGUGGAGCUUGAUAGGAAGACUGGCAGCAACUUACUUCAGUGGCCUGUUGCUGAGAUCGAGAGUUUGAGAUUGAGAAGUGAUGAAUUUAAAAAUUUGAAGGCUAAACCAGGGUCAGUGGUGUCAGUAGAUAUUGAAACAGCCACGCAGUUGGACAUUGUUGCCGAGUUUGAGAUAGACAAGGAAACCCUUGACAAAAUUCCUCAAUCCAACGAGGAAUACACGUGCAGCACCAGUGGUGGAUCUAAACAACGUGGUGCCUUAGGACCUUUUGGUCUUUUGGUUUUGGCAGAUGAGGGGCUUUCUGAGUAUACUCCUCAGUAUUUUUAUGUCAUUAAAGGGAGCAAUGGAAAUCUUAAGACUUCCUUUUGUGCUGAUCAAUCAAGGUCUUCUCAGGCAAAUGAUGUCCGCAAGCAAAUCGUUGGCAGCGCUGUUCCAGUUCUUAAAGGCGAAAAGUUUUCCUUGCGGAUACUGGUGGACCAUUCUAUUGUUGAAAGCUUUGCUCAAGGUGGAAGGACGGUUGUGACAUCUCGGGUUUAUCCAACAAAGGCAAUCUAUGGAGCUGCUAGGUUGUUCUUGUUCAACAAUGCUACCGAGGCCACUGUGACAGCCUCACUAAAAGUUUGGCAAAUGAAUUCUGCAUUUAUACGCCCAUUCCACCCUGAUCAGAAGAGUUAAAAAUUUGAAUUGGAGAUAGAAGAGCUAUAGUCACAAAGGAUUGGAAUACAUCUUGGGUUGGCAAUUUGUACUUAUCAGUUGUAAUGUCCUCCCCUGAAUAACCGACAUAAGGUUAUGGUUCUUGCUCAAAGCGCAUUCCUUCAUUUUUGCCCAGUUAUGUUUAUCAGAAUUUUUGUUGUAAUUUUAUCAUAUCAUGUGAAAUGAUGCUUACAAGAGAAUCUGUUCAAAGAAAUAUGAUGUUAAUGUUAUCCAAUUCUAUGCUAAAAAUAUUUACAUAUGGAAAA